UGUUGUGAUAGAUUGGGUAUAAUCAUUGCUGUUUCGUUUCAGGCAGUUGUGGGGCGGGGGGAAACUGCUUUGGAGGUAGGUGAAGAGAGUGCUGGCGAUCUCCCAGCUGCUACUGUGAGCCUGCUGGAAGGGAAGGCAAACACAGAGCUGCUCAGGAAUGGGAGCUGUCUGAUGAUGGCGUUCCCUGUGGAUAUGUUGAACGGCUACAGUCAUGAGGACUUGGAGAGCUCUGCAGAAGACUACAUGUCUGACCUUCGGUGUGGAGAUCCAAAUCGUCCUGAAUUCUUGUCCUUGCCAGACCACAGCAAAAUUCCUAUUAGCUUGUCAACUGUGGGCUUCGUUCCUCUUUAUGGUGGAGAGCAGACACACAAAGUUCUUGCUUUGUUUGCACCAGAGGACUCGCUCACAGCUGUAGCCCUGUAUCUUGCUGACCAGUGGUGGUCAAUUGAUGACAUUGUGAGAACAUCUGUACCUUCUAGAGAGGGGCUUCAGCAGGUGAAGUCUGUUGGAGAGAGAGUGGUUCUCUAUGUUCUGAAUCGAAUUAUCUAUCGGAAGCAAGAAAUAGAAAGAAAUGAGAUCCCAUUUCUCUGUCAUGGUAGCAAUGACUAUGCUAAGAUCAUAUGGAAAAAAGGAGAGGCUAUUGGGUUCUAUUCUGUUAAACCUACAGGAAGUGUUUGUAGCUCUUACCUUACUCAGAGUUACCAGCUUCCAGUGUUAGACACAAUGUUUGUAAGAAAGAAACAUCGUGGGAAAGACUUUGGGCUAAUGAUGUUGGAAGACUUUGUGGAUUCCUUUACCGAAGACACACUUGGCUUACGAUACCCACUGUCAUCCUUCAUGUACACAGUUUGUAAGCGCUACUUUGAGAAGUACCCUGGGGAUCAGGACCUUUUAUGGGAAGUGGAGGGAGCAGGACACUGGUUCCAGAGGACACCUAUUACCACUGUAUUGCAAAGGGAAAAACUCAAAAUUACAGAAGAGGCCUCUCAGAAAGAAAAUAUGAGUUUCCAGACAGAGGAAUAUUUUCUGCAAUCAGCAGUGGGAUCUGAAGCAAAUGAACAGAACACAGAACUAGAAGCACAGCUAAGUGCUGAAUCUCAAAAAGGCAAAGAAUCGCUAGAUGUCCAUGCAAGCACAUCUGAAGAGCCUACUGUAACACCUGUUUCCAUUCGGACGCGAAGCAGUCAUUUAAAACGCCCCAGGAUAGGAAAAAAUAGCCAGGAAUCUGAACCUGAAACUUCCAGAGGAGAUGAGGAAAAUGCUCUUCAUGUGUCGGAAAGCAGGCUGGAACCACUUGCCCACACAUCUGAAAGCUCAGAAGACUUAGUAGAAGAACCUGAGGAGAAUGCUGUUGAGAAUGACGAGGAAAUGAUUGUUGAAAAUGAGGACCAGUCUGUAGCGGAAACAGAGUUGCAUGCGUCACCACCUGAGAAACGGAGUGAGAAGGAGGAAAUUCCACUGGAACCUCUUAAUGGUGAGGUAACAGAAGAAACUGCUAAGACCUCACUUACGGCUGAAGAGGAGACAGCAAAUGAAGUUUUAGGUGGCGAAUUGAAAUUGCAGUCUGAGAGUCCAGGAGAAGAACCCCUAACGCUGUUUGUUCCAUUAAUCCUUGAGCCUCCAGCAAAACCUUUAGAAGACACUGUAUCAGAUAAGGUUUUAAAUGCAAAUGAUUCAGAGGUGCUGACUGAACAAAGUCCAUCUAUAGAGAAGGAGAGCACUGAAGAAGAGCAGAAAGAAGCUGAAAGGAAGAAAUCGUCCAAGGAAGAAAAUGCAGCUGCUUCAGCUCCAAGGGAUGAACCCUCAGACAACGGCCUACCAAACUCUGUGGUAACUGAAGGAGCAGAAGAAUCUGUUUCCGAAAAUGUGUCGCCCAAAACAACUUCCUCAGUGGAAGAACAAAACGAGGAAGCAGGGCAAAACUCACAGGAGGCCCCUGUUGCCUUGGGUCAGAGUUCUUUGAUAGUGGUUGAACUUGAGGGUGUUUCUUUUCAGCAGCCUUCUGGACAGGAAGGCCAGAAGAACCAGUCGGAAGAGCAGUCAGAAGAGUCUGCUGAGCAGAUGGAUCAGUACACGCAGACAGCGGCAGAGCGGGCUGCUGACAGCAGCUCUGAGGAAGCAGAAAUUGAGGUACCCAUUGUAGAUCGGAGAACCUUGCGAAGAAAAGCCAAAGGUUACAAAGGUCCACCCAAGAAAAAAGGAAAGCCAGCUUAAAAAUGAAAUAUUGAUUAAUUCAUCUAUUUGUAAGAAAGCUAUUAUUUUGAUUAAAACACUAGGGUAAAACUAAACCAUAUGGGGGACAGGACACACGUUUAAAAUAUUGGGUUGGACUUCCUUUUGGGAUUUAUCACCUUUCCUCGAGUUUUCUUGAAUUUUUAACCACUAUACAUUGAGCUUCAUCAGAGUAUGAAAGUAAAUGGCCAGUUUCCUCCUUUUAUAAAGGAUACAUGCUGAAUAAAUACAGAAAUUGUGCUAGCAAAGGAACAGUUUGCAUAUUUAAGGUGGCAGUCUUGGAAGAAAAAUGGUGAAGUGUGAAAUCCUGGCUCUAUUAAGGUCACUUGAAUGCCUGUAGACAUCACUCUAGAAUUUUUAUAAUCUUGCGUUCUGUACUGUGGGGAGAAGCAGAACAAGUGACAUCCUUCCUUUCUUCUUGUUUCCUUUCCAUAGAUUUUCUCAGAUGAGAUUAAAAGAAUGUAAGAUUAUGUAAUUCUAGGUUUCAAAAUAUACAAGCAGAUAUAACUCAGUAGAUCAAAGCAACAUAAGCAGCAUCUAUAUUUCACUAAAAUCAGACCGGAGACUUUCCACUUCUGAUCCCCAACUACUAUUUGCUAAUCACUUGAAACAGCUGAGUCAGCAGAGACACUGUCAACACAGUAUCUGUCAUAGCACACUCUGAUAAUGAAGUUCUUUAAGUGAAGAUUUAGGGAUGUCUACGCGGUAAACUGUAUUUGUAACUUCCGAAGUGAGCGUCUUGCUAAGCGUAAGUUUUCCGGAAUGUAUGGAGUGCAGAUUCGAGUACACUUACAGAGUUGUUUGAACUGCCUUUCCUAACUAUUUGCAUGUGUUGAAUGGAUACUUGAUGACUGACUUGUUAUGUUACAGGAAAAGGAUAUUGCAACUUUUGAUCUAGCAUUGGUCUGAAUGGAAGUGGCGCUUUGUGUUUUCCAAAUACUCAGCUGAUGCUUUGGGGUAAUUAAAAUGUUGUAUCUGCCAGAUGUGUGACUCCUGUGAGUUCUGGCAUUCCAGGUGGACGUGACAUUCAUUAGUGUGAAUAAUAGUGGGGAUUUCAGCAAAUGCUUGUUUGCUGAGCUCCUGUGCCUUUAGGAGUUAGCAGGAGAUUGCUGCAAAAACUUCUGAUUCCCACUUUCUUUUUCUAACUUGGAUGUAAUUCCUGGGAUAAUAGCUUCCCAGUUUAUAGCUUUCUUAAAAGCAGCAACCAAACUUUGCAAUAUGCAGACAGACAGAAAUCAAAACAGGCUAUUCAUGCAUGUUUCCCUUCAGAGGUACUCUUGGCAAACCAUAUAUUUAACUUAAAUUGCCAUAGUCUAUAAGCUAUUUCCUAAUUUGCUAUAUGUUUCUUUCAAUAAAUGAAGCUCCUCUCAUAAUGGGUUAAAAACUCAGGAAUAAGAAAGAACAGUGGUUCUAGGAAUAAGAAAGAACAGCAGUCCUAAGAACAAGAAAUCACACAACUAUUUGUCCUGCUAUAUCUUUUCUAAGAUUAGUAAACCAGUCUCCUAUAGUGUCUCAAAAAUAGAGGUAUCUCUAAAUUGCUGUUUAGGAUUUCUAAGUACAGGGUUCACUUGAAUAAUUGCAAUGCUGUCUUAAUUUUUAUGUCCCUAUGAAGCAAAUAUAAGAAUCUGUUCUUUGAUUUUUAUGCUUAUACAGUUUAACUGUAUUUAUAAGGUAUUUUAACUGUAUAAGAUAUAUUCUUACUUAAUCAGCUGAGAUGAACAGAACCAUGCUCCCUUGUAAUUUGUUCAGAGACACUUAAAAAAGAAAAAAACAAAAAAAGGCAAGUUUUUAGAAGUAUGUAUUGCCUAAGCUUUGGAUUUAAGGUACACAGGAUCACUGAGUUAAAUCUGGGUUUCUUGAGGUGUUGCACUUAGCUGUAACUUCCUAUCAAUGUACAGGUACUGCUAUGAACCCUUGAUGGCUGAUAAAUGUUCAAGAUCUUUCAUGAUUGUUUAUAAACCUAUUCAAGUGAACCUUAAGCAUUUCUAAAACUAAUUAAACAUUUUCUAUGAAGCACAUGAGACAAUUUCUGUCAUCUAUAAUAUGGCUUCUCUUUUAGUUCUAAGAUUUAUUGUAAAAAGAUGAGAACAUGAUGGCUAGAAAACAUACAUUGUGUUGCUAGGAAUUGGGCUCUGUGAGGAUUGAUGGUAGUUAAAAUGGGGGUUGUAUAAACUAUAUUGUAACCCCAUCUUUCAUUUGUUAGAGUAAGCUUUCCUAAACAUUAAUCUAUUGAAUACUUCAACUGAUAAAAAUGUAUUUACUUGUAAUAAUUCAAGGAUUCUUUUGUUUACGAAAAGCGAGUCCCAGUUGUUUCAAUUCUUCUAACUGGAUUUUUGAUGCAUAUGUUUGUAUCACUUGUAUUUCCCUUCAAGGUUGGAAAACACUGUUAAUGGGAAAAGGUCAGUUCACUCAUUUGGCUUUCUUUUCACAGCUAAGUCAGUAUUGAUUUCAGUUAGUAUCUUAUUUUUAAGAUGUGCAUAUUGAAGGCAUAAAUAUUGCAACAGUGCUAUUGGAUUAAGUCAGUCUUGGAUUCUACUGAGAUGAACUAGAUUUCUGAUCUAACUUCAGUGACCUAGAGGGGGUUUUUAAACAUGUGAAUUUAAGUUCAGUAUUUAAGUGUACUCUUGAGUAACUAUUUCUGUAAGUCGAGGGUACCUGAGAUAGUAGCUGAUGGCCUGGUUGUUAAGAACAGCAUGGGGCAGUCGAGGUGUGAUUAGGAAUUCUGAUACCUGAUAUGGUCUUGAAAACUAGACAGUUCUAGCUGUGAUUGCAGCAGUACUUUGAACUAAAGGGCACGGUUUAUUUUCUGUAAUAACUUCUUUGGCAUCAAUCAUUGCGGAGUAAAUACUAAGUGACAAAAUCAAAGUACUGUCAUUAAUAGUAUUUAUUUGCAGUACCGAUUGUCUCAUUGGAACCAUAGCUUAAUAGUCCAUACCUUCUGUUACAUUAAUGCAAGAGGACAUAUCUGACAACUGUGGUGACUCAAGUGUUUUACCUUGGGAAAGCCAGCGUUUUUUAGGCUUGGACAAAUUUUUUCCUCUGUUAACUGUCUGGCUUAUUACCAUUGAAUUGUUAAAGAAUUUUUAAGAUCCUACCACACCAGCAAUCAACAAUUAAAACAUCGACUUUCUACAACUUUGUACCAAAUCUUAUUGCAACAUGCUUUGGAACUACAUGUGUACAACGAAAGCAAGCAGUAUUAUUUUUGAGCUUUAUUUAGUCUAGGAAUAGAGCUUAAAGAACAUUAAUUUGUGACUUCAGCCUUGCUUUUCAAUGGUAAAUGGUUUUGUAUUUGAAUCCAGCAUUUGUUCAAAUGUCUUUCUUGUGCUGCUUGUUAAGUUUUAACAGGAGUUGCUUUGCUUUUCUCACUUUUUUUGGGGUCUUUUUCUCAUUUCAUGCAGAAUUCUUGUUUGUUGUUCUCACGUUUCAUAGCCCUUUACAUGAAAAUGUGUACAUGUCUUACUUCAAAAGUGCUUUUAACUUAUUUUAAAUGAUGUCUGACCUUAGGUUGUUGCUUUUUAUACCAUUUCAUUCUGUAGAUGUCAGUAAUCAAAUUAGUCAUUUACAAUGACAUCAACAUUACUAAGUUAAACAUAGCAAUAAAUAGGCCUAAGUUUCAGCUUCUCUGCUCUGAGUGACCAUUAUAAAAUUUUAUUUCCAAGAGGAUACACUUCUAAAUUUAUUUUCAUAAAUGUGGUGUUAGAUGUUUUCUGAAGUAGUGAUACCCUGUUAUAAAUCUGCUGUUUAUAAAUCUUAUGAAAGAUGUGUUACUAUUCUACAGUACUGUAUUAAGUCUUGUUACAGUGUGUUUCAGUUUUUCCUUUUUUUAGUAUUGUCUUGACUGGUUUUGAAAUGUUUUGAACUAGUAAUUAAACUUAUAUUUUGUGA